GAACUGAACUUCAAAAAGAGGAAGAUGGCUACCAUUUGGCUCUUUUGCCUUUUUCUGGGCGUGGCUGUUGCCCAGUGGGACGCCUACACCAUGCACGAUAGGCAGGUCAUCGUGCACCUGUUCAAUUGGAAAUGGACAGAUAUCGCCAAGGAGUGCGAAAACUGGUUAGGGCCUCAUGGAUUUGCGGGAGUUCAGGUGUCCCCUCCUAACGAACACAUCAUCUUGAACCCGGUGCGCCAGUGGUACGAGAGGUACCAACCCAUCGGGUAUGGACUCACCUCACGGAGCGGUAACGAAGCCGAGUUCAAGGAUAUGGUGAGCCGGUGCUACAAAGUUGGCGUUCGCAUCUACGUGGAUGCCGUUAUUAACCACAUGGCGGCCAGCAAUCCCGAUGGAAACGGAGAUUAUGAUUUUUGGAGAGUGCCCUACUCGAGCUGGGAUUUCAAUCGGCCGCAAGGUAGAUGCAAGACUGUCGGAGACAUUGACUACGACGACAAAUACUCCAUCCGCGAUUGCGAUGUUUUGGGCCUGAAGGACCUGUGGCCAGAAAAAGACUACGUCCGGAACAAGAUUGCCGAGUACCUGAACAAGUUGAUCGACAUUGGUGUGGCCGGCUUCCGGGUAGAUGCUGCCAAACACAUGUGGCCGGGCGACCUCAAGGCAAUUUACGGCAAACUGAAGAAUCUCAAUACAAAUUUUGGCUUCCCGAGCAACGCCCGGCCCUUCUUCGUCCAGGAGGUAAUUGACCGUUCAUGGGAACCUGUUUCAGCUUGGGAAUACCUGGACAUCGGCAGAGUGACCGAGUUCCACUAUGGGGAGAAGCUCGCAGAAGGAUUCUGGCGGAAUAACCUGCUGAGCCAUUUCAAGAAUUUCGGGGAAGCGUGGGGCUUCCUUCCUGAUUACAACUCCUUGGUAUUUGUCGACAACCAUGACAACCAGAGGGAUGGUGGUGUUAUUACCCACAAAACCCCGAGGCUGUACAAGAUGGCCAACGCCUUCAUGCUUGCUCACCCUUAUGGCUUUACUCGAGUGAUGAGCAGCUUCUUUUUUAACGACCGUGAUGAAAGUCCUCCAAAGGAAUCCAGUGGAGACAUCAAGUCGCCCAUCUUCAACCCAGACAAUAGCUGCGGUAACGGCUGGGUGUGCGAACACCGCUGGAGACAGAUCAAGAACAUGGUCGACUUCCGCCGGGUGACAGUGGGUCAGCUCUUUGCCAACUGGUGGGACAACGGCUACUACCAAAUCGCGUUCGGCCGUGGUAACAAAGGCUUUAUCGUCAUCAACAACGAGGACUUCCAACUGAGCCAGACACUGCAAACGGGCUUGCCGUCUGGCACCUAUUGCAACAUAAUCCUGGGAGAUUUUGAGAACAACAAAUGCACUGGGCCAACGGUCUUCGUUGACGACAACGGAUUCGCAAAGUUUGACAUCGCGGGCUCAGGCAACGACGACCCCGUUGUGGCAAUCCACGUCAAUGCCAAGCAGUGAAUGCGGGCAUAAACAUUUCCUUUGUGUAUGUCAAAAAGGCCAUGAUUCAUAACAAGUAUUUGAUUCGCAAGAAAUCAUUUGCAUAUACAGUGCUCCAUCCAUGACGUGCAGAUCCAGUCUACUGAAUACUUUAACCUCGUUUUCAAAUGUCUAAUAGAAUACCAAUAAAAUUGUUUAAUUGAAAUUUUCAAAUAAAGACUGCUUCCUUUAAACUCAUAUCCCUCUUGAGUAUCCUUACCCAACUUAAUACCGAGUAAUAUGAUAAUUUAUAAAAGAAUAAACAUGGAAACUCUUGCUUUGAUGGAAUAGCUUAGAGUCAGGAACCAACAUAAAUGAAAUUGUAAUGAACUUAUUGCAUUGAAGACGACCAAGAUUAAUAAAACAGAAAUAU